AUGCGAGUCAUGGAACUGGUGAGUGAGCAGUUGGAACUAAAAGCGGACGCGUUCACCCAAUUGGUAUUGUUGCGAGUGGAAACAUCUACUCUCAAGAAGUACUUACAGACUAUUGAGGAUGAAAUACAAACACUGGAUGCCGAACAUGUCAAACUGAAAGCCAGAAGAGCUGCGCAACACCAGGAGCUGUCCACGCAGGUAGUACGGGCAACUGAGCUGUCGUCUACCAUCUGCAGUGAAGAGAUGCAACAGCGCAAAACGACUUCAAUCACAAACCUGCGCUCAGAUAUCCAGCAACAAUCGCAUCAGUAUAAUGCACUUGACCAGUAUUUGCAACAGCUUGUUAUCAAGCGUGCGCUUGUUAGCUGGAGACGACUGGAGAAGGUGCAAGCUGGCCUGGAGAGUUCGGUGGAACACUUGGCUUGGAGCUGUGUUUCAGACCGUUUUAUUCUCCUCCAUAUUUUGAAAACGUUAACGGAUCGCACACCUUGGACGAGGCGUGUACACAUUUAAGGAAUGCGGUGCAGUUAGCGA